AUGGAGAAGGGGAAAGACCCAGUGAAAAUAGAACUUAACAGACCCCCCCAAGAAGUCAGCCUGAGCGCAUUCAGCAUUCUCUUUAGCGAAAUAGUGCAGUAUUGCUUAUGGAAGAGUAAGAGAGGAUAUCGAAUUGAAGACUCCCUACAUGAGAUGGGCCUCCGAGUUGGCUAUAAGCUAAACGAAUAUCUACCAUACAAGAAUAAAACGAAGAGGUGUGUAAGCAUUAUAAGCAUUUUAACCUUCCUGUCAAAGCAUUUGUGGAAAUAUCUAUUUCAGCACUCUUCCGAUUUGCUCAAGUCACAAGAUAGCAUUUACGAAUACAUGCUCUGCGAUAGAAACAUUUUACUAAACAGAUUUAUUAGCGUGCCGAAGGAUUAUGGAAAUAUUAACUGCGCUUCGUUUGCAGCUGGCAUCGUAGAGGGGAUGCUAUGCAGCUCUGAGUUCCAGGCAGAGGUCACAGCACACACGGUGUAUGAAGACGACAAGAAUUUCAACACCACGAUUUUUAUCAAGUUCUAUCCGGAGGUUGUGGACAGGGAAAGGAGUCACUGA